AUGGCCCUCGAUCGCAUCUCGUCCCGAGGCCUCGGCCACAUCGCCCUCGACGAUGCCAACGACAACCCAACCGCAUCCAGCAACGUCGGCAACGAUGGCCGCGUCAACGUCCAGUUUCACGCGAGCCCCAAGAUGCUUGCCGGAUGGGUCUCGCGAUUUCGAGGCAACUUUUGCGAUCGUCCACCGCCCAGACACCCGCCAAAAGUCCGGAAGGGGAGUUACAUACCCUUCGACGACGACGAAUCCCACUGCCCGCGCCUGCCUCUGUGCAUCGCCAUCCACAUUGUCGGGUCUCGAGGCGACGUGCAGCCUUUCAUCCCCAUCGCCCAGCUCCUUAAAUCAACCUAUGGCCACCGCGUACGCAUCUGCACUCACCCUGUCUUCAAAGACUUUGUCGAGUCCAAUGGCGUGGAAUUCUUCAGCAUUGGCGGCGAUCCCGAAGCUCUCAUGGCCUACAUGGUGAAGAACCCGGGUCUGUUGCCCAGCCGCGAGAGCAUGCGAGCCGGCGACAUUAGCAAGAGGCGCGCCGAAAUGUCCGAGAUCAUCAACGGCGGCUGGCGCAGCUGCAUCGAGGCUGGCAACGGCAUGAGCAGGCAGCCCCUCAGAGCGGCGAACGUGCCCGACCCAAAAGAUCUCUUCAUCGCCGACGCCAUCAUUGCCAACCCGCCCUCCAUGGCCCACAUUCAUUGCGCCGAGAAGCUCGGCAUCCCGCUGCACAUGGUCUUUACCAUGCCCUGGUCGCCGACCGAGGCCUUCCACCACCCGCUGGCCGCCAUGAACUAUGGUGAUUCGGACGCCAAGCCCGCCAACUACCUCUCCUUCAUGGUCAUGGAGCUUCUGACGUGGCAGGGCCUCGGCGACAUCAUCAACAAGUUCCGCAUGCAGACGCUGCACCUGGACCCCAUCAGCCCAAUGUGGGGUUGCAACCUACUGCCACGCCACCGCGUUCCGUUCACCUACCUCUGGACCGAGAGUCUGAUCCCCAAGCCCGACGACUGGGACUCGCACAUCAAGAUCACGGGCUUCUCCUUCCUGCCCAUGGCCAGCAGUUACACACCACCCGACGACCUGGUGGCCUUCCUCAAAGACGGGCCAGCCCCCAUCUACAUCGGCUUCGGCUCCAUCGUCGUCGACGACCCCCAGGCCCUGACCCGGCUCAUCUUCGAGGCCGUCAGGCAAGCGGGCGUUCGCGCCAUUGUGUCCAAGGGCUGGGGUGGUGUCGGUGCCGGGGAUGUCCCGCCCAAUGUUUAUCUCAUCGGCAACUGCCCGCACGACUGGCUCUUCCAGCAUGUCUCAGCCGUGGUCCAUCACGGCGGCGCCGGCACCACGGCGGCUGGCAUUGCCGCCGGCCGACCGACGAGACCCCUCGCUGCGAGCAUCACGUUCGCCCUCCAGCCCGAGGUGCAGGUCGCCGCCGAAGUCAUGGCCGAGCAAAUUCAGGAAGAGGACGGCGCCGGCGACACGGUGAGGGACUUCCAGCAUCGCCUCAACGUCGAUGAGCUGCGCUGCGACAUCUUCCCGGAGAGGCUCGCCAUCUGGCGACACAAGAAGACAAACGCUCACCUCAGCAAUUUUGCCGUGGGCUGCUUGGUCAACGAGAACCUGAUUCAGUCGCACGACCUCAAGCUGUUGCGCCACAAGCUGUGGUACAUUGACGAAGGCGCCGAGCAUCCCAUCAUUGGCGUCGUCGCGGCAACGGCCGGUUUCUUCACGGCUCUCGGCGUGGCCACUUCCGACUAUACGCGCCGUCUCAAGGCGCGGCCCAACGUGCUCAGCGGAAAGAUAACAGCGAGCCUGAACACGGCGCCGGCUCCACCGCCCCCUGCCACCGGCGACGCUGAGAAGACGAACGACGAUCCUGCGCCACCCAGCACUGGCGACGCAGGCACAAAUGAUGACAUCGGGGCAAUCUCCCAGGCGCAAAUGGAGGCGUUUGCGCAUAGGAUGGCCACGAAGACGUUGCGGAAAGACGACCGCGUCACGGCUACCGAUCCGCGGGCUGUAACGUCCCAUGAAAAGCGGAAAGCGAGCUGGGCCGCCCGAGAGGAGGGCAAGUACGGCCGCGCCUUCUACGUGACGCGCGCCACCGGUCGAUACGUGGCCAACCUCACCAAGAUCGGACUUAAGGCGCCCGUCGCGAUGAUGUACAAUAUCGCCAACGGCUGCCAUAACUAUCCAUCGUACGGCAAUUUCGGCGUCCCCGUGAGGCCACGAGACCCAAUCACCGGAUUCGGCACCGGUCUCAAGGCGGCUGGCAAGGGGUUCUACCUGAGCGUGUGGGAUGCCUUCAGUGGCGUUGUCGUCCUGCCGUACCGCGGCGCGAAGGAAGGAGGCGCAAUCGGCACGGUGAAAGGCAUCUACCAAGGCGGACGCGGUUUCACUUAUAAUCUUGCAUCAGCACUCUUUGCUGUACCAGGAUAUUCAAUGAAGGGCAUUGAGAAGGAAUACUCAAGGCACCAUCUGACCAAGAUGAAGGCCGAAAUCAUCCUCAUCCGAAUUAGGCAGGGCAUCGAGGAAUUCAGAGAAUCCACCCAAGAAGAGAGGGACGAGGCAGUGGCGCAGUGGAAGCGGUUGCGGGCGUUAUAA